CGGCAUUCUGUUUCAGACCGGACACAUUUUCUGGACGGACCUAAGAGAAGUUGGGAGCGCCGAUCAUUUCGGUUACCAGCCGUUAUCCCCGUGAAAACCAACCGUUAAACCAGUCCGUAGCCUGAUUGAAACGAUCCAAAGAUGCCCAAAAAGAAAACCGGUGCCCGGAAAAAGGCCGAGAGCCGAAAAGAGCGAGAGAAACAGUCCCGAGCCAACCGGGAUGUGAUCGACGUGGCCAAGCAUCCCUGCAACUUCACCAUGGAAUGCGACAAAUGUCAAAGAAAACAGAAGAACAGAGCUUUCUGCUACUUCUGUAAUUCAGUGCAGAAGCUUCCUAUCUGCGCUCAGUGUGGCAAAACCAAGUGCAUGAAGUCUUCAGAUUGUGUCGUUAAACAUCCUGGGCUCCACACCACUGGAAUGGCCAUGGUGGGGGCAGUGUGUGACUUCUGUGAAGCUUGGGUGUGCCACGGCAGGAAAUGUCUGAGCACUCACUCCUGUGUGUGUCCUCUGACGGAUGCAGACUGCAUCGAGUGUGAUCGUGCUGUCUGGGACCAUGGAGGGCGAAUCUUCCGCUGUAGCUUCUGUAGCAACUUCUUGUGUGAGGAUGAUCAGUUUGAGCAUCAGGCAAGCUGCCAAGUCCUCCAGGCAGAGACAUACAAAUGUGUUUCCUGUAACAGACUGGGACAACACUCCUGUCUGCGCUGUAAGGCCUGUUACUGUGACGACCACGCCAAGAGUAAGGUCUUCAAACAGGAGAAAGGCAAAAACCCCCCCUGCCCCAAGUGUGGUCACGAGACCCAAGAGACCAAAGAUCUCAGCAUGUCCACUCGCACGUUGAAAUACGGCCGGCAGGCUGGAGCUGAUGAAGAGGAUGAUGAUGAAUACGGAGCGUCAGGGUACGACGCCUACUGGAAGAACCUGGCAUCUGGAGGAGACCAGCAGAGGGUCUACGAUGAUGAGGACGACGAUGAUGACGACGAUGAUGAUGACGACGAAGACGAUGAGGAGGAAGAUGAUGAUGAAGAAGAUGAAGCUGUAGAGGAAAAGGCUGUAGAGGAAAAGGCUGCAGUGGAAAAGGCUGCAGUUGCCGUGGCUGGUCUUAAACUGGAAUGAGCUGGCACAAUCCCAAAACAUCCUCUGCAGAUGUUCACUUGUUACAGCGCAGUAAAGCAUAGAGAUAAACAUAAAGAGGUGGUAUAGUUGAAGCUGGGUGUCCAUAAUACAAAAAAUACAAUUUGGCACAUUUAGUAUGUAUCUAGGCUAAAAUUGGAUGAGGGGGUAAUAGUCCAAGAAAGACAAAAACUCCAUGAAUAUACUCAUUGCACUCUGUAAAAUUAAGGUGGUCAUCUGCUCUGUAGAUAUCUUCAAAUUGGUGAUAUGGUAAUGCUGGUCUAAAAUCAAAAGUAGCUAAAUCCCAACAUGCAGUAAGGUCUGUGAUGUCAUGAGGUUGAUCCAACGUGAAAACAUCUGGUAACCUUUCAAAAGAAAACCUCAUUGUUUUCCCAAUUUAUUUAGCAAAUGUAUGAUUUUAUAAUUCCAGAUAAUUCUUAGUUUCUCUAUCGGUACUGGACAAUUUUGAUCUGGGAAUUUCAGAGUUUUUUUCUGCCAAUAUUAGCUCCUUCCUCCGACUGUAUUAAAUAAAGGUUUUACCGCAAAUGGCCCCAAUACGCUGUCACACCCAUCCUUAAGACAACUUGAUGUUACAUGCAACGUGUAUAUUUCGUCACAGGUCCCCUCCCCAAGACAAGAUACAGACCCGCGCAGUGUGAGGCUCCUGAAGUAUUUUUUUCCAACUAUAAAUACUCAUGUCAUAGCAUAAGCGAUUGCCAACUUUAUCAGAACUUGACCCAUGAUAUGAGUUCAUUUAAACAGCAGUUUGACCUUUCACACAAAACACUUAUUUUCCGCUUGUUUGUUAUCAGGGGCACAUAAGAUGAUUCAUACACACACCUCGUCCUUGUUAGCUUCUUCUUCUGAUGCAUUCUGGGUAGUUGGUCAUAUUUUCUACUGAAAAAUCAACUUUUAUCAUUUUAUUGUAAUUCGGUAUAUUCCCUAACAAAGUAGCAGUUAUGAAAUCUUCAUAAACCACACACACAAUCUGUGUUUGGUUGGUUAUCAAACCAUGUUACAGUUAGAACUAACUUUAUAUCAUGUUGUAUUCACAAUGUCUUUGCUGUGUAAUACAUGUUGAUCUGCUGAGGAGUUAAUGUUUCAUAGUGUGCUGAUCUGAUUGGGCUUCACUGCUUCAAUGUAACACAAAGGUUGUUCCAACAGCAUAACCUAUUUGCCCUGAUCCCUGUAAUGCAUUUGUGAAGACAUGUUAGUGUAAAAAUAUUCCAUUAAAUAAUACUAUUGGAGUGAUCAUUUCCAAAUGGCAGAGA